CGAACCAACAAGGUGUAUAAAUAUUCCAGUAUGAAAAUGCUCCCAGUGCUAUUGCUUGGUGCUUAACUCGGAAGGUUUUUUUUUAAAAAAAUACGCUUAGGACGUGGCUGUCGCUGGCUGGUCGGAAUUUGCCUGCCUCUAGUCGCACUUGAGAAAGUGGCGGUGAGUUGCCUUCUUGAACUGCUGCAGUCCCUAUGCAAUAGGUUGGCCUUCAGGGAGGGAAUUCCAGGAUUUUACCAGCAACACUAAACGAGCGACGACAUACUUCCACGUCCGGCUGUGCAUCUUGUGGAUAGCACACAUUGCUGCUCCUGAGCGUGGGUCGUGGAGGGAGUGGAUGCUUGUGGAUGUGGCGCUCAUCAGCGCUGCUUUGUCCUGAGUGGUGUCAAGCUUCUUGAGUGUUAUUGGACCUACACCCAUCCAGGUGAGUUUUCAACUCUAAAUUGGAAUGGAGAAGAUAGAGACAAGUAAUGGCAAUGAAGCUAAUCACAACACAGCAACUCUUGUACUGCACCGGGCAAAGAUGCCAGCCAGCGUCAUCAUCUCUACGGUUCUGUUCAUUGCAGAAGCUGUAGCUGGUGGCUUUCUGUGUGCAGUGUACAGUCAUUGGGGUGAUUCAUAUUGGUUAGGACUAACUAUCUCCUUCAUGUUAGUACCAUCUGUACUGGUACAGUUUACGUUGAUCUUAAUCCAUCGUGAACUGGGCAUGAACAGGCCUUUCAUAUUGCUGCUUCAUCUUCUGCAGAUGGGACCCAUCAUCAGGUGUGUGGAAGCUAUAAUUGUGUUCUGCAAGUCUGGGAAACAUGAAGAGCCUUAUGUCAGUAUUACCCGGAAGAAAAGACUCCAUCAUGGCCAAUCAAAUGAAUUUGAGAAAGAAGUGGGCCAUUCAACAAGAAAGUUGACUAUCCAUCGUAAUGCAUUUCAGCGGGCGUCAGUAAUUCAAGCCUUUAUGGGCUCCACCCCACAGCUCACCCUCCAGCUGUAUAUAAGUAUAGUGGAAAAAUACAUUCCACCAGCACGAGUUGCUCUCAUGGUGAUGUCAUUGCUGUCAGUGACCUAUGGAGCCCUGGUGUGUAACAUUCUCUCCAUCCAGAUCAAGUAUGAUGACUACAAGAUUCAGCUGAGACCAGCUGCUUACGUAUGCAUCAUCCUGUGGCGCAGCUUGGAAAUUGCUACACGAGUUACUGUGUUGGUGCUGUUCAGCACAGUGUUGAAGCAGUGGAUCUUCGCUGUGGUCUCAAUUGACUUUCUGGUCUGCUUUUUCCUUCCGUGGGUGGAAUUCUGGUAUAACCGCUCACCAUUCCCUGAAAACAUUGAAAAGAACUACAAACGGUUUGGUACAGCUGUUGUACUGUUGCUUGUUACCAUUCUCUAUGCUGGAAUUAAUGUGUUCUGCUGGUCAGCAGUCCAGCUUCUGCUCAGUAAUCGUGACUUGAUUAGCAAGAAUCAGAACUGGGUUAGGUUGUCUGUCUACUAUAUAUUGCGGUUUGUUGAAAAUGCAGUACUUCUAAUUAUUUGGUACUUUUUCAAAACAGAAGUUUAUGAAUACUUCUGCUCCCCCCUGCUGGUAGUUCAGCUAAUUAUUUGCUACAGCCUAGCCAUCAUCUUCAUGCUCCUCUUCUAUCAGUACUGCCAUCCGUGUAGGUUGCUUUUCACACACAACAUUGCAGACUGUCUCCAGUGCUCCUGUUGGAAGGGACCUCGUUUUGAGUCUACAGUUGAGGAUCCAUAAUCAGCUAUGUUACAACAAGAGAUAGCUGCAGUGAAAACAUGUGAUUUUGUUGUUUUUUCACACAUCACCCUUCCCGUAGGUAUUUAAAGGUUUAGCAAGCUGGUGAAUUUCACAGGAGCAUGAAUAAUGAAAUGUGUAGAGACCAGUGUGACCUUGGAGAUCAAAGCAUUCUACUGCUGUAAUCUGGAACAGUACCUGGAAUGUUGCCUUCUACAUGUACUCAUCACAAGAAGGUAAAGCUGAUUUGUGGCUUUCUUUUAUGUGAAAACUGGCAGCCAAAGGAGUUGCAAUAUUUCUGGGAUAGUCAUUCUCCAGAAAGCCCUAGCCAACAGAUGCUUCCAUUAACGACAAAAAUACCUUGGAUCUGGUUGACAUUUUGGAAUAUCAAAGCUGGAUCCAUGUCAGACAAAGAUAUUUGUAUUUAAUUAAUGUUUGUUUGUUUGUUUAUUCUGCAUUGAGUUUUUCUUCACCUCUGAGUGCACUUUUUUGAUUUCUGUGUGGUAGCCUCAUAAUUAGCUUUAAAAUGUGAUUCACUGGAAUGUAUGUUACUUUUCUUAAAGGCUCAAAGUUAUUUAAAUUAAUGUGAAUUUGUGAUUUAUGGUGGUAAAGGUGGUUUAUGUUUUCAUUUAUUGUCAAAUUUUCUUCAUUCACUUUCCACAAAUUCUGUCUUCCUUUCUUAGAUACAGACUGCUUUUGCAUUCUGAUUUAUAUGGGUAUUAUCGUGCUUCUUUCAUCCAUUCAAGGGAUGUGGACCUCUCUGGCAAGGCAAUCAUUUAUUGCCCAUCCCGAAUUGCUGGUUAUUUGGUGCCUUAAACGAAUAAUGUCAUUACACUAGUGAAGAUGUAAAUCAACCAGUAUUUCUGUUCUAGUUCACUAUCCCUUAACUGCUGUGGAAAAAUGCACACAAAAUUUGGAGGAUUUGAAAUGCUUGUUAUGGCAUCUCUGAAGAACCUUGGGAUUUUUUUUAACAUCCUGCCAAGGUUUGCAUAUGGUGAUUCAAUUUUGGUUGAGGUAGUAAAUAGGUGCAACAAUGUUCAUGCAUUCAAGUUUUGGAAAUAAUUUGUAAAUUAUUAUCUACAAAAUGCUUUUGUUGAAAACUAUUCUUAAUUGUCAAAUGCUUGUAGUUGCCAUGCUUUCUGAAGCAUAAUUUUUUUUUUUUUUGUCGUGUCAUACGUAAUUGCAACUAGUACAUGUUUUCUCAUCUGUUAAACUCCAGGUGUUACAUUUUCUUAUUGAAUUUUCUUACAGCUCAUUCACCCAAAUUCUGUUUUAAUUGUUUUAAUACCCUUACUCGAGAGGAUAACAAAAUUCUUUAUGCGGAGAAUUCUCCAACCUGAACCAGUGGUAGAUAUCUUAUUCUUAAUAGUGGCUUCUAAAAGAGAAAUGGAUAAAUUUUUGGGGUGGGGGUGAGGUGUGGUUGAGAGGGCAGUUAAGAGUCAAUCCCAUUGCUGUGGGUCUGGAAUCACAUGUAGGCCAGACCAGGGAAGGAUGGCAAAUCUCCUUCCCUAAAAGGCAUUAGUGAACCUGGUGGGUUUAUCCAACAAUUAGCAAUGGUUUCAUGGUCAUCAUUAGACUCUUAAUUCCAGUUUUUGAUUUUUUUUUAUUGAAUUCAAAUUCCACCAUCUGCUGAGGCAGGAUUUGAACUCGGGUGCCCAGUAAAUUACCUGGGUCUCUGGAUUAACAGUCCAAUGAUAAUACCGCUAAGGCUGUCACCUCUAUGACUACUUUAUCUAAUCACAACAUUAUGUAUAGUUAUGUUUGUGAAGUUGUUUUGCAAAGAACAUCACAUUUGGCCUAAAUCUUUCUUUUACUAAAUGCAUAAUUUCCAGCAAGAGUCUGCAGAUAUUACCAUACAUGUGUUUGAAAAAUCUAGUUGAGAUCUAUUGUUCUAGUUUGUUCACAAAUUCAUUUUGUUUUUCAUCUUCCCAUUCUGCAUAGGCCUUGGUCAAUUUCUUGCCAGCAGGAGAGACAAUUUCAUCAUUCUGAAGUUUUAAUUUAUACUCGAGAAUGCUGUAUACUAUCAGGAUUGCAGUGGAGCCAUUUGGUAGCUCCCACUUUGGAAACGUGAAGUAAAUCACGGAAAUGACAGGAAUCCACAUUAAUCCCCGGUUCCUUUGCUUUAUCCAGGCAAGAAAAUAUUCAACGUACAAGUAAACUAAGCAACAAGAACUGAAAUUAAUGGCUAUCAAGGAUAUACAGGAUUGGAUAAAGAGAAAAAGGGAGGCUUCCAGCAGAUAUCAAGGACUGAAAACAGCAGAAGGCCAGGAGGAGAGUAGAAUGUGCAAGAGGGAACUUGAAAGGAAUAUUAUCUUAGCUAAAAAGGAAUACCAAUGGAUACUGACAGUUAAUCUUUACAUGAUGAGAGCAGAACCACUCAGAGGACAGGUUCAUUCACUCCAAUUUUGAUUGGGCUAUUCUGUGGAGUGACAGCCCGGCUAUGGCUCUGAUUGAACGACAAUCGGGCCGGAGAUCGUGAGGUAAUACGUGUAACAUUGCGUUGUGAGAUUAUUCCUCUUCAGAAGGUUUUAAAAAAUAGUUUGAGUUGUUGUUUUCACUGCGCCUCCCGAAAGCAACUGGAGCUUAAUUAAUAAAUUGUAUUUAUUUUUCC